UAAGUGAAGCACAGUGCUGCAACACUGCUUUUCUCAUCAGGUCGAAAUGAACAACACUGUGGCUGUUGAAAUCGAGCGAAAGCCUGCUUAUGCUAUUGUCUUUGGCUGUAUUAUGGCAAUUGGACUGCCUCUCAAUGCAGUGUCACUGUGGACUCUGCUUAGACACCACAGGCUCAAAUCCUCCACUGCUGUCUUCAUGGUCAACCUGGCCAUGUCAGACCUGCUGCUCGUCAUCUCCUUGCCCAUGAGGGUCUACUUUUAUGCCACCGGCACUUGGCCACUGAGCGCUGCGGCAUGUUGGUCCGUCACAAUGCUCUUUCGCAACAAUAUCCGCUCCAGCUCCAUCUUCAUCACCUUCAUCAGCGUGGACCGACUGCUGGCCGUGGUUUAUCCUCUGAGGUCACGGCAUCUUCGAACCCUUUCCCACGCCUGGAAAGCUGUUGCACUCGUUUGGCUGUUUGUGUUGGUGGUGAACAUCCCAGAGAUUGUAGUCUUUUCAAAAAAUUUAAGCACCAACGGAUCCUACUGUUUUGAAUUACGUCAUGAUCUGGGCACUCUUAGCUCAGCAAUGGUUUAUUUUCAGCUUGUGCUAGUGCUCAUCUUGCUGGCAGUCAUUGUUGUGUGCACUGUAAUGGUCUCUUGGACUCUACACAGACAUCUGAAUGACUCUGCAAGGGUCAACAACAAGGUGAAUGCCAUGCUGAUUUUUGUUAUGAACUUGGUUAUGUUCACCAUAUGUUUCUUGCCUGCGUCGGUUGGUUUACUUAAAGUUAAAAAAUUUGAUCUUACGCCUUUUAUAUGUCUUGCUACUUUGAACUGCUGCCUAGAUCCACUCUUGUAUUACUUUUCUCUGGAUGCCUUCUGGAAGAAAAAAGAAGAUGCAGAUAUUGCAAGAGAACAUUAGACAAAGGACAUACUAUUUUCAUGAGGUGGCAUCAGAUUUCCCAUAUAAUUUCUAAAUUUUUCAGCAAAAUAACUUGCUUGGGUGAUGGUUUGCUCAUUUGGCUUCAGGUUUGACAGUGUGAUGGUUUUGAUCAACAAUGAUUGUCUCUUUAACAAAAUGUUUGUGAAACUUAGAGAUCUAGUAAGAGAUGGAGAAAAGCUCAUUUUGUAAUGUACAGGUGUUAUGCUUAAUUCUUACUU